CUCCCGGGCGUGACGUCACGCGGCGGACAGCUGCUGCUGCUACUAUAUCGAAAACCGCCACCACUAUAAACGUACCUACACGAGCAUAACUUAUUAGUUCAUCAAUUUCGUUCCAGCCGCUUAUCGGUACGGUCGUCCGUCGUUAUCGCGCCGUUCCCCGUCCAACGUUAUUGCUCAUCUAAGUCGAAUAUACCUAACUGUUCGUUAAUUAAUAUUCUCGACAUUUUUUUUUUAUACUUUGGUUUUCAUAAAACGAACACGUUUGUUUCGUUACUAUUUUUUUUUUUAUUCACGUACGCGUGUGCUUGAUUCGACAUUGACGUUUCGGCAAAACCGGCGUCGUUAUACUGUAUAAUUAUCUUUGGACCAAGGAGUCCGAUUCGAUCUCGUUCGCCGCCCACCCUCAGGCUGCAGUAUACGACACGUACACGUGCACGUUUGAUGUUCGACAGCAAGCGGCUAGUGUCCAACGUACGUCCGUUCGUCCGGCGGAUGAACAUCGUCAAGACUAAGAAUUUCGUCAUCGCCGUGGCCGUCCGCUUGUUCAAAGUGGUCGCCGGCAGAAUGGGUGUCAACGGUGCCGACAAACAGGGUCUUGCACAAUACAACGAUAUGUUUGAAAUGGCGACUAGACUUUGCAGAAGUUACUUACCUGGAUCCUGGAAGAAGAUUACAAAUAAGGACAUAUGCGUAAAGCGAAUUAGUGGUGGAUUAAGUAAUUGGCUGUAUCGAGUGACAUUACUUAAAGGUAAUGCUGAACCUCGGGAUGUAUUGAUGAGGUUAUAUGGGCAAACACAUGGCGAAAAUGCUAUUGAAAAUAUAAUCACAGAGUCUGUGAUAUUCACAUUGUUGUCGGAGCGUGGUUUAGGGCCUAAGUUGCAUGGAAUAUUUCCUGGAGGCCGUCUCGAAGAAUACAUUCCGGCUCGAUCAUUAAAAUCUGAAGAGUUGAGCGAUCCAAAAUUAAGCCUUAUGAUUGCAGAAAAAAUGGCUGAAUUACAUCAGCUCAACAUUCCAAUCAAUAAAGACUCAACGUGGUUAUGGGACACCAUGGACAGAUGGUUACAACAGCCUAUUAAAGAUAUUAACUGGUCACGAGACAACAUGGAACUUGAUCAGAUAUUAUCCACAAAUCUCUGCGAUGAAGCCCGUUGGCUUAAAAAACAUUUGUCGAAGCUGAGGUCACCUGUUGUAUUUUGCCACAAUGAUCUUCAAGAGGGAAAUAUUUUAAUGAAGGAAAAUGAUCCUGGAUGUCGAUCAUUAUGCCUUAUUGAUUAUGAAUAUUGUGCAUACAAUUAUCGUGGUUUUGACAUUGCUAACCACUUUGUAGAAUGGACUUAUGAUUACACAAAUCCUAUUUACCCACAUUACUCAGUUAACCGAGAAUUGUUUCCAACAAAAGACCAACAAAUUGAGUUCUUGAAGCGGUAUUCUCAAUGUAUGGAAAAUGAAGAAUCAAUAGAAUUGAUACUCAAUGAAGUAAAUCACUUUAUUUUGGCAUCACAUUUAUUUUGGGGCGUAUGGAGCAUUGUCAAUAGUCGAAUGUCAAAAAUUACUUUUGGAUACAGGGAAUACGCAAUAGAACGACUCAAAUCAUACUUUAAGCUUAAAGAAAGUUUAAUAAAUAAUAAAUAGCAUGUAACACAGAAAUACUUUGAGUACUUAUUAAAGGAAUAGGUUAAUUGUAGACCAAUAUGUUUCAAUAUUCUGGGGAAGACUGAUUUAUAUUUCAAAAGUUUGGUCCUUAAUUUAAUUGGUCUGAUUAUUUUGUCAUUUUCACUUACAUCAUUUUUAUUUAAGUGUUCUUAAACUUAUUGUGAGCUUCUUUUAUACAUCUUUGUUGUAUUAAAAAUUAUAACAAGAGUUUUAAUUUUUGACUAAUAAUAAAGACCAGUAUCUAUUGUUAUUCAUAUUGUUCAACAUUUGUAAAAUUAAUGAAAAUCAAUUUUUCUUUAUUCUGGUGCUAAGUACUCAUAUUCUGAUCAUCAUUAUUAAUUUGUGAAGUUACAAAUUGUAUAAUGUAUAUAAAAACUGAAUUAUAAAUUGUGCAAUAAUAAUUAUUAUAUCAAGAACAUGUGAUUGUUGUACUUAACAUAUUGAAAUAUUAUAACUAUGAAAUCCAUCCUGUACUUUUUAUAUAUUGCUAUUGUGUGUCCUAUUAGCUGUUAUUAUAUGUAAUUGAAAUGUGAUUUACUAUUUUUUUUUUUAACUUAAAAGCUAUUUACUGUGUAUUUAUGUCUAUUUAGAUCUAGGAAUUUUCGGUUUUAUUUUGUUUAGAUACAUUAUCCUGUAGUAUUUAUUUGUUAAUAGCCAUACAUUUUGAUGGUUUAUUAUCUUACUUAUUAAAGAGAGAGAACCAAAUAUUAUUUUAUUUUUAAGAAAUAAUGAAUGGCUAUGUAAAUUAUUAUUAAAAAAUAUUAAAUUUAAACCUAUACAUAAAAAAGUACAAAAAAAAAGAUAUAUAUUUAUACACACACAUUAUAUGCAUACAAAUAUUUAUAGUAUAAACACAUACAUAUCAAAAUUUUAAAUGUUCUAUUUUGUAAUUUAAUCAUAUUUAAAAUUAUUGAAUUUUUGCUAAAUAAAUCUGUUUAUUUGAUAUUGGACUGUUUGCACUUUAGUUAGGCAAAUUUACAUAUUUGUCGAUCAAAUUAAUUUUGUUUUUGCACAAAAGUAGAUUUAUUAAUGUACAAGUUUGUAUUAAAAUGUGACAUUUGUUGUCAUUAACUUUUCUAACACACAUUUUUCAAUGAUAGCACUAUUUUUCAUCAAAUUACAUUUAAAUAACCUAUAAACAAAUAUAAAAUUUGAAUAUGUUUUAAUCAAUAACUGAAUAACAAAACUCAAUUACACUUUGUUAACAAAAUAAAAUGCUUGUUGGGUUUGCACAUAUUUUUAUAAUUAUAUUAUUAUUAAUAUUAUAGGUAUAUUUUAUACCUUAUUACAACAUUUAUACAAAAUUAAAAAUAUCUUUGUCAUGUACUAAAUUACAUAUUACAUACUAUGAGUAGUUUACAAUUUGGGUUGUUGGGCAGAUAUUAGUUUUUAUUCUCCUCAUUUUAUUUGUUCCUCGUUUAAUAUUACUAUUUAUUAUAAUCAGUCAUACUUUUUUAUUCUAUGAUUUCUCUGUGGUUGAACUAAACUUAGUUGGCCUACUAUUCUACCGUCUACACAAUUUAUUAUGUUUUAAUAUUUAUUGUUAUAAGUAAUUAUGAUUUUUUUUUUUUUUAUUAUUAUUAUUAUUAUAUAAUAUUAUUCUGUAUUUAAAUUUAAGUUUGAAUUAAAAACUCUUGUAUAAUUUGAAAA